AUGGCGCGCAGGCUGGACCGGCUGGUCCUGUGCAGCAUCGCCGCGCUGCUGCUGGGCUGCCUGCUCUUCCUCAAGAGGGAGGCCACACCGGCAGGGGGACCUCUGGCCCGCCAGCCCUUCUGGGCCUCUCCAGGGCCUGGGCGCAGCUGGUGUCCCCCCAACCACAUGGCGGCCAACGCCUCCCUGGCCCUGCCCAGCCGCCACCGCCUCUUCCUGACCUAUCGUCACUGCCGCAACUUCUCCGUCUUGCUGGAGCCCACGGGCUGUGCCGAGGACACCUUCCUCCUCCUGGCCAUCAAGUCGCAGCCAGGGCACAUUGAGCGCCGGGCGGCCAUCCGUGGCACAUGGGGCCAUGCGGGGGGCUGGACUCGGGGCCGACGGCUGAAGCUGGUGUUCCUCCUGGGGGUGGCAGGGCCUGUGCCCCCAGCCCAGCUGCUGGCCUACGAGAGUGGGCAGUUUGAUGACAUCCUCCAGUGGGACUUCGUGGAGGACUUCUUUAACCUGACGCUCAAAGAGCUGCACCUGCAGCGCUGGGUGGCAGCCGCCUGCCCCCAUGCCCACUUCAUGCUCAAGGGGGAUGACGACGUCUUUGUCCACAUCCCCAACGUGCUGGAGUUCCUGGAUGGCCAGGACCCAGCCCAGGACCUCCUGGUGGGAGAUGUCAUCCGCCAGGCCCUGCCCAACAGGAACACCAAGGUCAAGUACUUCAUCCCCCCCUCCAUGUACGGGGCCCGCCACUACCCGCCCUACGCCGGGGGCGGGGGCUAUGUCAUGUCCAGGGCCACCGUGAGGCACCUCCAGGCGGCUGUGGAGGAGGCCGAGCUCUUCCCCAUCGAUGACGUCUUCGUGGGCAUGUGCCUGCAGAAGCUGGGCGUGAGCCCCACGCACCACGCUGGCUUUAAGACAUUCGGAAUCCGGCAGCCCCUGGACCCGCGGGACCCCUGCCUGUUCAGGGGGCUCCUGCUGGUGCACCGCCUCAGCGCCCUGGAGAUGUGGACCAUGUGGGCGCUGGUGACAGAUGAGGGGCUCAAGUGCACAGCAGUCCUCAGACCCCCAGUCUGAGGCGGGCUGAGCCAUAACCCUCAGGGGACUGCUUUCCAGUCCUGACAAAAUCUCGUCCUCCCUGGUUGGCCGGAGAUGCUGUUUUGUAACCCCCUCCCACCGUGUCGGCCCUGAUUAAAACCACUGAACCCAG